AUGCCGCUCCGUGUAGUGGAAGGUACAUUCACGGUUAGACACCGCGGAGAUCACAGCCACAGUGGUCCCAACCGGAAUGCGGCUGUGGCGGUGCGUGCGGCUGUGUUUUGGACAACAUGGAACGGUGUUGUAGUUGAGAAGUUGAUCCCGUCCUUUUUUUGGAGCGCAAAUUUUCUUCCCGAUAUGACUGAAAAAGCUCGAAUUUCAUGUCGACUCAGACCAAAGGGGCAGUUGCUGAUUACUCGGGUCGAUACGCAGGAGAAUAACGUCAAAUCUUCCAAUGCAUGGACAAACGUUUGUUCGGCCAACAAGGCUUCUGGGAUUUCCGAAAGUCAGGAUGAUGAUAUUCAGAUCACCAGUGUUAGGGUUAUAGAGAAAAGUGCAGACUCGGGGACGUCUGAGCUUUCUUCUGUAACUUCACCGACAUUCAAACCAGGAGUAUUGCUAUCAAUGGCUAGUCAGCAAGGUUCAACCCAGGCUAAAAAGCCAAAGAGUCUCAGGAAGCCACGGUCACCUCCUGUGAAUCUGUUCAAAUUCCAAAGAGAUGAAACUAAGGCUUUGGAUUCAGAAAAGGAUAACUUUGAAGAAAAGGUAAGCUUAUUCAAGAACUCGAUUUUAGGAACAAAAAGGGAAGCUGCUUCCACUGAAACUCAUGCUAAUGGGCUCAAUCUUGCUACCGGGAAUUACUCUGGAAACUUGCCUCACCAGGUGCAGCAAGGCUCUAUUUUCAACGACGUAUCUGCUACACGGAUCGAGAUGCAGGCACUGCAUGCCAAUUUUGAAAAUAUGUGCAAAGAUGUUAGGAUUUUGAAUACGAAAUUGGAAAGCCUCAAAGAAGCUCCAUGUGCGGACUAUCUUAUUCGGGAAAACCAAGUUUUGAAACAGCAACUCAAUGAUAUCUCGGGCAGACUUUCUGAAAAGAGCUUGAAGACUGUGAGGCUGCAGAAGCAGGUUGAAGAGCUCAGGAGCAGAAACGAGGCAAGUAUUGCUAAAUCUCUUGAAAAUCAGACAAAGCAAUUGCAGACACUUCUCGAAAAUUAUGCUUCGUUGAAGGGAAAUGCUGAACAAACACCUGUCGAACUUCUCAAAGAGAUACUGCAGCUGGUCAAAGUCACUUCGGAUGAUUCAACGCUUCACUUGAAACAGCUGAAAAAGGACUCAUAUAUGAGUAGCUCACAGAUUAUACAAGAAUUGCGGUCACAGUCUUCUCGUCAAAGUGUGACGUCGAAGUUGAUGAAAGAUCAAUUUCAAAAGCUCAUUGGUCUGCAAGGAAAGCCCGAUUGUCCAAAUGAUGCUUCCCUCAAUGCCGCCACACAAACAUAUGUUGAUCAUGAACCCGACCUAAACUUGUCUUCAAACGUCAAGAUCAAGGUAGAAGACUUUCUGGAAGGACAGCAGCCAGUUGAUGAAGCUCAAAGGAAGAAAAAGCUGAGAUGUCAUGCUAGCCCCAAGUCUAAGAAGCUGUUCAAAGUCAGUGAUGACUAA